UUUUUCAACCCCGCUAAUGCUCCAUGCUAAAGUUUCCAGGUGCUAUAAAAAGGUGUGAAAGGCAAAUAUUUUGCCUUCGAUAAAUUACUGAGAAAAGAUCCAUCGUAAAAUCACUACUGCGAGCAAAUAUCAAUCCAACGUAAAUCCCAUACAUUAUGAGCUCCAACACGGAAUACCUUGACACCAGCCGCGCCGACGUACCCAUUACGACCGCGACGGGCGACCGCGUUUCGACGUUUGGCUCUGGAUUACAGCCCACUGCCGGUACGCAGUCUUCUGCCGAAUUACAAGACUCGACAGCAACUGCCGCCGCUCUUGCUUCUGCGGGGGCUCACACAACGCACAUUGACCACGAUGCCCCUCACACGGCGCAGGAGAAGCCUACUUUACCCAGGCAUGGAGGAUACUGAGGGAUCAGAAUCUUGUAUAAGCUCCCAAUCUCAUGUAUAAUGACUUUGAACAUAAAAUGAAUUAUUAGGUAAAAAGUAAGGCAAAUACACUGAAAAUUCCCCCCAGAAAGCUUAGCGUUGUAU